GCUGAUUCUUAAUCUCGGCCGCCCGCGACCAUGGACCCGGACCGCAGUCUCCGAAGGGUUUUUUACCCUUAUCUGGAAAUAUUCCUUCAGGGCCCUCUGUUGAAUCCAAUCAGAUGGGGACCGAAAAAAGAGUUUCGCAACGAUUCGCGCUUAGCUCUUAAUUUACUUCCAAGGUGGUGUCGCGUUAGCAUUUGAUGGCUUUUCCGCUAAGCCCACCCCCUAUCUUUCAUGAUUUAUUAUUUCUCUCUGUGAUAAGAUGGGAGCUCCUUACCGGUUUCCUGAUAUGUUUAAAAUUAGCGAAUUGAUGUGGAUCUGACUAACGAGGUCUGUUUCAUCUGGGAAUGCGUAACACACGAGUUGGCCCUUCCAUCAAGGCUGAAACUGUGCUACUUCUUCCCUCCUCUUAUCAACCAGACCAUCGCAAGUUAUUCAGGAUCCCCAGGCUGGCCAUGCGCUUCCACGGUAGCACCAUCCGAGGGAACUCAAACCCGCCAUCCCGGGACAGCGGGCAAGGUCAUCUUCACACGGUCGUAGGGCUCACUGCCCCACUAGUCGCCCGUGGCUCAGCCGCAAGCAUUACUAGUUUAGGCACUCUUGGUUGCAGGAGGUUACCGGAUUUGUCGAAGAAUGAAAAAAGUUCAACGUUUUGACCAAGUCCGCCAGAGAGGAUGGGCUUCUCGUUCGACAGUGCUCCGUGCCUUGCCCGUAGAAGGUUUGCAGCCUCGAUCUAAAUCUUAGUUGGAGGAACUAAAUCUUAGCUGCAUACGCAGUGACCCUGGACAGGUGAUUCGGUGCCUUAGUGGCUUGGCUGUAUGAUCGCUUAUUCUCUCCC